CCUGCCGGGAGCCCGUGCCUCCCUCACGGCCCCGCCCCUCGGUGCCGGCGGGAAAGCGGCGGGUCGGUGCCCUCAGGAGGAGGAGGGCGAGAGGCUGUGGGGAGUUCGGAGCCUUCGGCCUGGGCUGUGGUGACUGAAAUCCUUCAGGUGUGCCAACACACCAGCAGCAGGAGGACCCUCCACUGAGCAGGAGGAUUUUGUUCAUACCUAAAUUUUUUAGUGGGCCUCUGUAUACAGAAGAUUCUUGCAAGCAAAUUAGGCAGACCUUAAAUAUCCACUUAGAAGCUAAAAAAAAGGCUCUUUGCAGAUACUUAGCCUAAACUAUCCUGACCUCUAUUAGACUCUCAAAUCUUACAGUUAGAAAGGAUGAGCAAGUAAAUAUAUACACAUAUCUGGAUGAGAUGGUUUACAAAACUUUUGAUCAGCCAUAGCUAGAGCAGCAAAGCAGUAAUCAAUACUUUAUUGCCUGCUCUUUCACAAUGAAGGCCAUGGAGGAUCAAGUAGUCCAAGAAGAACCAGGAUACCAGGAUGAUGAGGAAUCCUUUUUUCAGGACAUUGACCUUCUACAGAAGCAUGGAAUUAACGUAGCAGAUAUUAAAAAGCUGAAGUCAGUUGGGAUCUGCACAAUCAAAGGAAUCCAGAUGACCACGAGACGGGCACUGUGCAAUGUAAAAGGGCUUUCAGAGGCCAAAGUGGACAAGAUUAAAGAAGCUGCAAACAAGCUUAUUGAGCCAGGCUUCCUGACUGCCUUUGAGUACAGUGAAAAACGGAAGAUGGUAUUUCAUAUUUCUACUGGCAGCCAGGAAUUUGAUAAACUUCUGGGUGGUGGGAUUGAAAGCAUGGCAAUCACUGAGGCCUUUGGAGAGUUUCGGACAGGCAAAACCCAGCUAUCUCACACUCUUUGUGUAACAGCUCAGCUCCCAGGACCAAAUGGCUACACAGGUGGAAAGAUUAUCUUCAUUGAUACUGAAAACACUUUCCGACCAGACCGUCUUCGUGACAUUGCCGAUCGCUUCAGUGUUGACCAUGAGGCAGUACUUGACAAUGUGCUGUAUGCACGUGCAUAUACUAGUGAACAUCAGAUGGAAUUGCUUGACUAUGUAGCAGCCAAGUUCCAUGAGGAAGCUGGUAUCUUCAAGCUAUUGAUCAUUGACUCCAUAAUGGCACUUUUCCGUGUGGAUUUCAGUGGUCGUGGAGAGUUGGCUGAACGACAACAGAAACUAGCUCAGAUGCUGUCAAGGCUCCAAAAAAUAUCAGAAGAAUAUAACGUGGCCGUGUUUGUGACCAACCAGAUGACUGCUGACCCAGGAGCAACUAUGACCUUUCAGGCAGACCCAAAAAAGCCCAUUGGGGGCCACAUCCUUGCUCAUGCUUCGACUACCAGGAUCAGUUUGAGGAAAGGGAGAGGGGAGCUGCGUAUUGCAAAGAUAUAUGACAGCCCUGAGAUGCCUGAAAAUGAAGCUACAUUUGCAAUAACCACGGGAGGGAUUGGGGAUGCCAAAGAAUAGGUAAAAAAACAAUGUAAAUGUACUGCUGGGCAAGUUGGGAUGAAGAUUUGUGCAUGGCCACAACUGCCUGGCUUCACUUCUAGCUUUUGAGAACUAUUUGAGAUAUUUUGGGAGAACACUGGGAUGAACUCUGUACAGUUCAGUUUUACUGAAUUUGGUUCAUUUAAGGUCUUUGUUUUUCAAUUGAACUUUCAGCAGACAAUGAUUCAAGAAAUAAGCUUGUGAAUUGUUCUCAGAAUCCUUUUCCUGUUUUGUGAAAAUCAAAGCUGUUCUUUCACAUGAGAUUAAAUAUACUCUUUCUUAGUUUAUUUCAAAGAGAAUGUCUAAGUCAUAGAAUUUAAUGGAGCGAAAUGAAGAAGAAUUGGAAUAAACUCAGUUAUGAAAUUACCAUAAAUAGGUGGAAAACGCAGUGGGAGGAGCAACAGCCCAAGAACUUGAUGGAUUCUCAUGUACUGCAGAAGAACAAAUAAUUUUAAAAAUAUGUUUUUAGGCAUUUUUAUCUUGACUAUUUUUAUCUUGAUAAUGUUUACAUUUUUAUUUAGCAGUUUUUACUUUUUUGAAAAGCAUGUUUUAAAACUGUUCUUAUUAAAGUUAAAAAUAAAGACUGAAUUAGAACAGA